UCUGCUAGCUUGUACCAGGUAUACAUUCAAUUAAUAUCAUCUGCACAUAUAAUUCUAGCAAAUAUUUUUAUUUUUAUCUGUCACCUAGAAUUAUAUGUGUUUGACGAUAUAAAUCUUGAACAAAUUGAUUAGUACUAAUCAAGAAAAUUAAAUCUGAAUUUAAGACAAUUUAAGAAAUGUCAAUGAGUUCCAAGAUUCUUGGCAACUUCACAGAAACUUCGGGUACGAUUUGCUCUCCGUUUGCUACGGUUUUGAAUUCAAGAGGCAUUUUUUUGGGUGGAAAGCUAGUAGAUUCUAUAUUUUCAGUGUUUUUGGCUCAAAUAAUCUUGACAUUUUCUACCGCCAGAAUUAUUUAUUUUGUUCUUCGACCAUUCCGACAACCUAAAGUUGUGUGUUACAUCUUGGCUGGAAUAGUGUUGGGGCCUUCAUUCUUAUGUAGAAACAAGACAUUCAAGAACACAAUUUUCCCAAAAGAAGAGCUUAUAUUAUUGAACACAGUUGCUACAAUGGGGGCAGCAGGUUACACCUUCAUUAUUGCAGUAAAAAUGGACACAACUAUAGUUUUAAGAACAGCAAAACAUGCUUGGGCCGUCGGUUUAACCAGUUUUAUUGUUCCUUUUAUAGCAAUUCUAUUUUUCAAGAACAUGUUCAAGUCACAAAAUGAAGCCGGUCCACUUAUUCAAUUAGGUAGUCUUUUUUUAUCUAGUGCAUUUUCAACCACUUAUUUCCCUAUUGUUGCUCACAUUAUGGAAGAGCUAGACCUCGUCACCACCGAAUUAGGCCGACUCGUUAUGACCUCGGCUAUGCUCGUCGAGAUUUUCAGUCAUUUAACUACCGUUGUGGCGAUUAUUUUGUAUAAUAAGAGCUAUAUCGGUUCGUUAUACAUGUGUGGUAUCGUGAUUGUUCCGGUUUUGUUUUUAUUUUACGUUCUAAAGCCCGCAAUUAGAUGGAUUAUCAAAGGAACGCCCGAAGGAAAACACGUUCGAGAGGGUUACGUUACCGCGGUAAUGCUCGGGGCAAUGUUUAUGACACUUGCGAGUGAUUAUGCUUGGGGAAUUUUUCUCCCGGGGGCGUUUUUGAUGGGUACAAUUAUACCCGAUGGACCGCCUUUAGGGUCGAUUUUGGUAGAGAAAUAUGAAAUGGUGAUUAUGGAAGUAUUUUUGCCAUUUUUUUUUCUUCAAGUUGGGUUUCAAACAGAUAUUUCUUCACUUCAGAAUCUUAGAAUUGUUUUGAUCACUGUGCUAUUUCUUGGCCUAGCUUAUUUUGCUAAGAUUAUUGGAGCUAUGGUGGCUUCGGUUUAUCUCGACAUAAGAAUUGAAAAUGCUUUUCUAAUUGGGAUUAUUUUGAACUUUAGAGGAGUUUUUGAUCUUAAUGUUUAUCAGACUUUGCUUAAUAGCAAGGCAGUGGACCAAGAAUGCUAUACUGUAUUAGUACUAUUCAGUGUUUUCUUCAUCUCUUUCUUUACUCCAUUUAUAAGCAUUUUCUAUAAACCUCAAGCCAGACUUACAAACCCUAACCCUAAAAUAAAAUACUUGAGAACACUUCAAUCAAUGCCUCAAAAUGCAGAGUUACAUGUUCUUACAUGCAUUUACAAUGACCAAAAUGUUCAUGGAAUCAUCAACUUAUUCAAAGCCUUUAACCCUAAUUCUUACAGCCCGCUACGUGUUGACGUCAUCCAUGCAAUCGAACUUGUCGGUCGGAAUACUCCGUCGUUAGAUCCGUACAAUAUUUAUAGUAAUAAAGUUAGAAACAGUACGUCACAGCAAAUUUUUCGAGCUUUUUAUAAUUUUUCAAAACAUUCUAACGGUCUUGUGGCGAUUAAUCCGUUUAGAAUGGUUGCUCCGUACAAAUCAAUGGAUAAUAUUAUUUGCAAUCUUGCUGAAGAUAGACAAGUUCCGUUUAUUGUCGUUCCGUUUCAUCGAGACAGUUUGUUGUCGAGUUUUUGUUGUCGAUUGCAAGCCACCGCGCCUUGUACCAUUGGGAUUUUGCUCCAAAAGGGAUUAAAUCCUCGUAAAAACUUUUUGGACGAUCAAGUUUUUAACAGAAUCGGCGUGUUGUUUAUCGGUGGUGCUGAUGAUCGUGAAGCAUUAUCGUUAGCCAUUAGAAUAUCGAGGAAUCAUAGUGCAACCGUUAGUUUAUUACGUGUUAAUCAAGCAAAUAAUGAUAAGAACACAAGCAUUCUUGAGAAGAAUCUAGAUGACUUGAUGAUCAAGGAAUUUAUGGGGAGAAAUAGUAAUAAUCCUUCGAUGAAGUACAGAGAAGUUGUUGCGAAUAAUAGCUUAGAAAUGGUGGACGUUCUUCGGUCUAUGGAGGGCGAUAAUGAUUUGAUCAUGGUCGGAAAAAAUCCGACAAAAACACAAUUUGAGAAAGAAAUGGUUGAAUGGAUUGAAUAUCCGGAAUUAGGAACGAUCGGGGAUAUGUUUGCUUCAUGGAACGAUAGGACUUAUAUUCUGAAUACGUCGGUUUUAGUUAUGCAACAUUGUAAAGUGUCGACUUCAUUUGUGAUUGAUAUGUACAAAACUUCUAAUAGUAAGAGUGAUCCAUCACAAGAUAUUGUAUAAUUUUGCUAAAAUUCACCAUUUUUUUGAAUAUUCUAGGAAUAUUAUAGCCCUAAUUGGUGUCAAUUGAGACAAAUUGAUGCAAUGUAAGUGGCAUUUGUUUUCUUCAAAUUCUUAUAUUGAUUUAAUUUAUUCAUUACAUUUGCAA